ACGUCCAAGGCGUCGACGCUGUGGAUUCCUCCGGCGUUGCAACAUCUCCUCCUUGCCCUCGCUUCGCUUGCUCCCACUUGUCUCGCGACUCAGCUCUCGCUGUCGCCCUCUCGCUUGCUCACUCUCUCAGGCUCGUUUGCAGUCUUGCCUGCUCAUCCGAUACUCAAGCGGUGCUUCGUUGUGUUUUGCAGAGGGAGGGAGGGAGUGACGAAGAAAGGAAGAAACGGAGAGUGAGAGAGCAUCACGCUCUACGGUAGCCACCAUGCAUCUCCUCCUCCUCCUGCCCCUCCGCCGCCGCUGCACCAACCCCAUUGCCCCACGCAUUGCUCACCAGUCUCGCUUCCUGGUGAGCACUGCCGGAGCCUGCUCUCCCCUGCCUCGUCAUCUCCUCUCGGGGAUAUGGGGCCGGUGUCUGAGCUCGCACCCUAGCCCCAUAGAGGACGCGGAUGAAGCCAGGUGCGUAGCAGAGAAUGUGGCUGAUGCAUUGGACGUUUCGUAUCCUACCUACAUGGUGUGGGGGAGCAAUACGGGAGUGGGCAAAACGCUCGUUAGUGCAGGAUUAUGUUCUGCAAUCCUUCGUCUGUCCAAAUGCCAAGGCAAUUCUGGAGCCAAAGAUUUGCUCUACCUCAAGCCCGUGCAAACAGGAUUCCCGUCUGAUUCAGACGCGCGGUAUGUCUACCAGGAGGUUUCUCGAGUUGGGCGAUUGCAUCCCGAGGCCAUUUCAGAAGGUUUGUUCUUGUGUAACCACACCCUACAAGUAUCGCCUGCCGUGCAGAUUUCCGCUCGUGCGGGAGCCAGUGUUCCGGUGCAGCCACAAUCUGCUUGGAAUGCAGGGGGUCUUUCUUCCAGUCUAAAUGGCACAGGAAUGAAAGAUUUCUGCAGCUACGAAUCACAGUUACUGCAAGGUGUGAAAUCCAGGAAUAUUCCCGCAGACGGUGAUGUUUACGGAAGAGCACAACUUCGAAACACUCUAUCACGCUUCACUUGCAAGACAAUGUGGGCAUGGUACGAGCCUAUUUCCCCACAUCUUGCAGCUGCAAGGGAGGGUUCAACUGUGCCCGACACUAUGGUUGUUGAGGCUAUCCAACGUUCACUUCAGGCUCUCAGCAGUAGUCGAAAGACCAGCGGACAUCGAGAGGAUGCAGGUGAUUGUGCAGAGAAGUGGGCGAUAUUAGAAACUGCCGGGGGGGUUGCUAGCCCUGGACCAUCCGGAAGCCUGCAAUGCGAUAUGUACAGAUCGCUUAGGUUUUCGGGUUUACUGGUCGGGGACGGGAGGUUGGGAGGCAUCUCAACCACUAUUGCAGCCUAUGAGAGCCUGCGGUCCCGCGGUUAUGACAUUCCAGCUAUUGUUAUCGUGGACUCAGGAUUGAGCAAUGAAGAGCCUGUGCUGCAGUACCUACGACACAAGAUACCGGUUGUUGUUCUUCCUCCCCUACCUGAAGAUCCGAACAAGAGGCUUGAGGAAUGGUUUCGCCUCGCAGAGGGAACGUUUCUUGAGUUAAUGAAUGUAUUGGAAAAUUCCCAUUCCAAGAGAUUAAGGCGGCUUGAGGAGAUGCCCAAAAUGGCAGGAGAAAUUUUAUGGUGGCCCUUCACACAACACGACCUAGUUGCCCAAGAUUCCAUCACGCUCAUUGAUUCAAGAUCAGGGGAGAACUUUUCUGUCUACAAGUCUGGAACGCCUUCAACCGGUAAGACGAUUGCGACGCAGUUUGAUGCAUGUGCAAGCUGGUGGACUCAAGGCCCUGAUUCUAUCUUGCAGCCCGAGAUAGCCAGAGAAGUAGCUUACACUGCGGGAAGGUAUGGUCACGUCAUGUUUCCUGAAAAUGUACAUGAACCUGCUUUGCGGUGUGCUGAAAUUCUUCUCGCAGGGGCAGGCCGAGGAUGGGCAGAGCGGGUGUUUUUCUCGGACAAUGGAUCGACGGCUAUAGAAGUUGCUAUUAAAAUGGCUUUCCGAAAAUACAUUGUUGACCAUGGUCUUAGCGAUCCCUCUACCAUCGAGCGCCGAGGAGGGCAAUUGAAGGUUGUAGCUCUAAAAGGAUCCUAUCAUGGGGACACACUAGGUGCUAUGGAAGCACAAGCGCCUUCAGCUUACACAGGCUUCAAGCAACAACCAUGGCAUGUAGGGAGAGGUUUUUUCCUGGAGCCACCUACCGUCUUUCAACGACAGGGUCGUUGGCAUCUGCAACUUCCACGUGUCUUCCACGAUAGUGAUUCUUCUGAUUCUGCUUCUUCAGGCUGGAAAUCCAGGGACGAAAUUUUUGACAUUUGCCGAGAUUCCACACCUCUUGCCAACCUCUACAUCAGAUCUAUUAAUCAGCAACUUGCUGCAGCAGUUAGAGAAGAGAAUAAUGUCCCAGCUGCAUUGAUUAUUGAACCUGUGAUGCACGGAGCGGGAGGAAUGGAUAUGAUAGAUCCCUUGUACCAGCGGAUGCUUGUCCGUGAAUGUCGCCGCCGUGGCAUACCAACCAUUUUUGACGAAGUCCUUUCUGGUUGCUGGCGAUUUGGUGUAGAGUCUGCUGUAGAUCUACUGGGCUGCAGCCCCGACAUAGCAUGUUACUCAAAACUACUUUCGGGGGGUUUAGUUCCUCUCGCUGCAACACUUGCAACUCAGGCUGUCUUUGAAGCCUUCCGUGGCAUCUCUAAGUUAGAUGCUCUGUUACAUGGCCACUCGUAUACAGCUCAUGCUGUUGGCUGCGCAAGUGCCGUUGUGUCCCUUCAAUACUUUUCCGAUCCCUCAAAAAAUUCUAAUUUGUUACCAGGAGGGCGCCGCCUGAGGGAGCUGUGGAAACCAGAAUUAGUGUCACUUAUAUCGUCACACCAGUCAGUGGAAAGAGUGGUGUCUGUGGGGACAAUCUUCGCACUGGAACUCCGUGCUAAUGCAGCAGAAUCAGGAUAUGCCUCCAUGCUCUCAAAAGAACUUGUGGAAAAUCUUCGACAAGAAGGCAUCUACACCAGACCACUGGGAAAUGUAGUGUACCUCAUGUGUGGGCCACUAACACAACCCAAAACGUGUACCACGAUGUUGGAAAAGUUGCUUGCUUUACUUGGCUAGACCGAAGCAGCACAUUUGCUCGAGGUGUUUUGGAAGCGAGUGCUGAAAUUUGUGGACACUGAUGGUUAAUGAUGACCAGCAGAAAGGACGUGACGUGAUGUGACCUGGAGGAAGCUAUGGCUUUGUAGUAGAGACUUGAAAUCUUCUUAAUCUACUUCAAGUAAUUUCUGAAGAAGCAUACUUGUCACCUCCCAAAUUGGAUUUAUCGUAGCAAUGAAAAAGCAGACACAAAUGAAAGUGUAACCUCCAUUGUUCUGAGACGAAGUGGAUGUCUCCUCCUGACAUCUUAUCCGAGUCCGAAUUCGGGGUACUCGGUCACACGAUCGCCUGUGUGGACUGCUUUUUAUCAUGUGAACAAUUCAUUUCAAAUUUCAUUGCACAGAACUAUCCAGCUGCUCAGGCAUUCGGUAGUGUUUGAGGUAA